GUCUGCCAUGAUGGCGUGGCGUGGAUGAGUAAUUUCACGUUUUAAAGGAAACAAAUGGAAAUUAUAUUCAGACUUCCUUAGAAUCUGCGAUAAUUUGUUUGAUUGUGCUAGUGUUGUCUUCUGAAAGACAUUUAGAAGAGAAGGGCCAUGGGAACCAAGGAGAAUUCGACGACAAACGUGGCGAAAGCGCCGUCAGCAUCGGCGGUGAGCAAGCCCUAUGGCAAAAUUCUACUGACGCUACAAAAUUGCCUGUUGCCCGAUGACAAAUUGAAUUCAACGCCGUCCAGUAUCGAUGGACUUGAUACAGAAACCGAGACAGACCUCAGAAUACUAGGAUGUGAAUUGAUACAAACUGCUGGAAUUUUGCUGAGGCUACCGCAGGUGGCUAUGGCCACUGGCCAAGUAAUAUUUCAACGAUUUUACUAUAGCAAAUCAUUAGUUAGGCAUAACAUGGAGACCACUGCUAUGGCAUGUGUAUGUCUUGCUAGUAAAAUUGAAGAAGCACCAAGGCAUAUUAGAGAUGUCAUUAAUGUCUUCAAUCAUAUUAAACAAGUCAACAGCCAAAAGUCUAUCACGCCGGUUAUACUUGACCAGAAUUAUGUGGCUCUGAAGAACCAAGUGAUCAAGAGCGAGAGACGAGUGCUGAAGGAGCUCGGCUUUUGCGUACACGUUAAGCACCCGCACAAGAUAAUCGUGAUGUACCUGCAGGUUCUUGGCUACGAGAAGAACAAAGCCCUUAUGCAGCAGUGCUGGAACUACAUGAACGACUCGUUGCGCUCGGAUGUCUUCAUCAGAUACGAGCCCGAAACGGUGGCCUGUGCUUGCGUCUAUCUUGGCGCUCGACAUCUACAAUUACCUCUGCCUAAUGCGCCCUCCUGGUUCUCCAUAUUCAAGGUCAGCGAGGAAUCGAUCCGUGAUAUUUGCAGGCGUAUACUUAGGCUGUACAUAAGGCCCAGGGUCAAGGCUGAAUCGCUAGAGAAACGUGUCGAAGAGUUGAAGAAAAAAUACGAAGAAGCAAGGUCCAAAGCUAGAGCGCCCGAGGGCGAUGGACACACACCGAGUCCGCCGUCAACUAACAAAAGCGCGCAUAACGCUUGGGGUGGAUUCAUCAGCAGAAGCGGAACGCACGCACCGGCUGAGAGAGUCAAAUCACCAAAACACUCGAAGUCUGCAUCGGUAUCACCAACGAGAGUUGAUCCUUUAAAACAUUCCAAGAGGAAAAAACGAAGCCGGUCAAGAUCACGCAGUCCCAGCCGAUCGCGCAAAAUGAAAAAGUCAUCGGGUCACUAUUCAAGCAGUCACAAAGCUUCGAGAUCGCGUCACAGAUCGCGAAGCCGCUCGAGGGAAAGGGAGCCCGAAAAGUCGGGUAAACAUCGAAGCAAACACCGACGACAUUGAUCCAUG